AUGGGAUGGGAUGGGAUGGGAUGGGCGGGCGGAUGGAUGGAUGGAUACCGUCCUUUACUCAUACCUAGGUACCUAGAUGGAUGGGGGAACGGUACGUGCCCGGUGCCGCGGGAACUGAAUGAAGACGCCUUCGGGGUUGUUGCAAGGCAUGGAAAGUACCUCCAGUUUACAGUUCUGUGCAAGGUACCCAAAUAA